AUGGACGGCGUUUCAUCCUCACACACCACAGUCCCUCAGGGUGACAUAUAUGACCUGCUCGGUAUCGGCUAUGGGCCUGCCCACCUGGCCCUCUCCAUCGCCCUUCGAGAGUCGAGCGAGGCCAACGAAACCAACUUCAAAGCCCACUUCCUCGAGAAGCGCGGCCACUUUGCGUGGCACCCUGCUCUCCUCCUCCCCGGUUCCCAGCUUCAGGUUUCGCCUCUCAAGGACCUUGUAACGCUUCGCGAUCCGACCUCGACCUACAGCUUCUACAACUACCUCCACUCCCACGGUCGUCUGGCUCGCUACAUCAACAAGGAGCAGAGCGUGCCCAGCCGUCGAGAAUGGACUUCCUACCUCGCCUGGGCCGCUCGACGUAUGAACGAGAAUGUAUCGUACGGUCAGGACGUCGUCUCUAUCGAUCCUCUCACUCUCGCAUCGGUGGUUCCCGACGCAAAGGAGGAUACGGUUGCCGUUCGACCCGCCAGCGGCGAAGAGACCGCUUCCCUCUGCCUCUACCGUGUGCGCACCCGCGACGAAGCCACAGGCCAGGUAGUCACCCGAUACGCACGUAACCUUUCGAUUGCUGUUGGCGGUGUCCCCAAGCUCCCGCCUGCGUUCCAGGCAGCAUGGGCGGAGCAGUCGUACGCUGGCGACUCGGUCCCGCGCAUCGUCCAUUCUGGCUUCUACAUUCCCUCCAUGGCCAAGCUCGAGCCUGAGCUCCACAUGGCUGCAUUGCGUCGUCAUUCCGACGACGCCGCUCCGAUGGCCGACUCUUCCCGACUCCGGCUCGCUGUCAUUGGAGCGGGACAGUCGUCGACCGAGAUGUUCAUGAACCUCCACUCUCGCUUCCCGACUGCCAUCGUCACCAUGAUCUUCCGUGCAUCUGCGCUCGUACCGUCCGACGACACUGGCUUCGUCAACUCGGCCGCCUUCGAUCCCGAACGCACCGACGAGUUCUGGCAGGCUAACGAGACGCAGCGUCGCCAGUGGCUGCAAGAGUUCAAGCGAACCAACUAUUCAGUCGUUCGCACCGACCUGCUCAACGAAUUGCACGACACCAUGUACGACAAGUACGAGGUGCAGCUGCCCGAUGAGCUGCAGGACCCCUCCGAAAAGCAGGCUGGUCGCAUGGAGAUGCGACGCUGCACCGAGGUCGACAAGGUUUCCUUGGUAGAGGAUGGAGUAGAGUUGACGCUGCGCGACAAGUUGCGCAAUGGUCGGCUUGACACGGUGCGAUUCGACGCCGUGUUCAUCGGCACCGGCUUCAACAGGUCUCCAGCCAAGAUGCCGUUCCUCAAGGAGCUCAAGCCGUUUUACCCUGCGCUCGACGAGGAAUGGAUGUCGCGCGACACGACUGCGGAGGAGGACGAGGUGGCCAAGUCGAUCGAGGUCGAGGACGAUGAAGUGAUUGAGCGUCGACGUGAGAACAUGCGUGGCAUCACCAGAGACUACCGUCUGGUACCUGGUAGCGCCAUGCACUCUGCGCCACUUCGUAGCGGCAAAUCUAGUCCUGGUGCUGGAAGCGACGCUUCGUCGACCUCUUCGCAGCAGACGCUAGCUAGCGAACAGUCGACCGAGAUCCUUCCAGAACCGUCGCUGUACGUGUUGGGUGGCAACGAAGCCACGCACGGAUUGUCGGACAGCUUGCUGUCGAUUGUUGCGCACAGGGCGGGAGAGUUGACGACGAGCCUGUUGCAGAGACUGCCGAGAACGAGGAGAGGGACUGCAUCCAGUUCAACAACGCAGCAAGCCGGUCUCGCGGUUGGUGGAGAGAAACCGUCGACGACGACUGGAUCGAUCACACAGACAAAAGCCAAAGCGGCAGCUCAAGCGGUCAACGACAAGCUGGCCGCGCUUAGCGGACUUCACCUCAAUGCUUCUUCGUAG